GUUGCACAGGGGGGCGCACAAUCUCUAUUUGGUUGCGGGAAAUAUAUGUUUUAUUUUCUAAAUUAAGAAAUGACUGGAAAACUUUUUAAUGUAUCCCGUGUUUCGGACUGUACCAGUAGACACUUUCAGAUGAGGACGCUUUCACCGACGAUCACAUGUUUGAUCAGGAUUUUGUUAAGUCAUUUUUCCGACUGCUUAAAAAACUAGCAGGUAAACUUGAUAAAUAAGCCGUGGCAUAAAGCUUCACCUUUAUCACGACAUUUGACCGCAAACACCAGAAAGCUUAUUUUUGGACUACUUUGAUCUGUCUUCAUUUCGCUUAUGUGCUGUUUGCGCUUUUCGCUGUUUUAUUUACUCUGUUUGGAUAAGUUGGAUUGGAUUAAAAAGCCAAAGGACCUUGUCGAGUUAUUGGCUGUGCAUUGAACAUAGCGCUGAAUGUACUAAUCUUAUGGUCUGAAUAGGAAAAAAUCUCCUUAAUGCACACGAAUAACUGUACAAGCUUCAUGUUUACGCCGACGAAAUCAACCUGAGGAGUUUAUACCAAGUUUGUUUGCGAACCGAUAAACAAGCUGUAGCGCGAGCUCACAGCUGGUCGUCACAUUACUGUACAAAGCUGACAGUGUUUCAUUUUAAACUUCAACAAAAUGCGAUAGACACGGGAAAGCAGUCAACCAGUUAAAUUGGAUCGGGUAUUUUGGCGUGAGGCCUGCUGGUCGGGCUUUUGCCGGGGGAGAGUUGGUGCUCUGGCCGCUUCAGGGGGCGUUCAGCCCGGCCGUGAGUGACGCACAGCCUCGGUGCCAGAGGACGAGCUAUGGAGAGGAUGGAGGUGGACCAGUGCGCAGGCGCAGGAGGAGCCCUCCGAAGGUCGAACAGCGCCCCCAUGAUCACGAAUGUUAGUGAUGGGACGACAGUGUUUAGCUCCAAUAGUUCGGCUCGGUAUCGUCGGAGCAGUGUGUCUGUAAAUCCGAGCUUUCCCUCUCGGACCCUCCCAUUGUCCCCGUUCUCCCUGUCAUGUGAGAGAUCCGAACACAAGAGACAGAUUGAGAACAUGGAGCUCACUUUGAGAGGGAGUUUACAGAGACUAAGUGCCUCAUCUGCUGUUCCCCUCCCUCCUGCGAGUCAUUGGCAUGGCCAUCUGUCUCCAGGAUUCCAUUCCCAGGACAGCGGUGUCACUCCUAAUUCCUCACCCAGUCCAACUCGAAGGUUUCGAGGAGGAUCUGUGAGCUCUGGAGUGAGAUGGCCAUCGGUUGCACCUUUGAAAAGGAAAGGUGGCGUGGAAUCGGACGGUCCGCCUAAAAAGCUCUUUGUUGCUGGAGUCACAGACCCUGCUCACAUAACCAGUUACACAGUCAGUGUUUCCCAGUCAGUGGACUCUUCCUCUGGGACCGCCCCCGUCGGUUCAAACACCCCGGCCAGCCCCCUGUCCCUCUCCCCCCCGCCCCCCUUCACCUCACACCACCCCAGCAUCUAAACCUCAGUAUUCAUCACACCAGAGUCCAGAGAUUUGGACUCAAGGUGUUGUUAAAUGAAGACCAAACGUCAACAUUAAGUUCUCUCCCUGUUUUCCUUCUUCUUAUUUUGGUGCUUUGAUGAGUCUUUCAGCUGAAUCACUUCUGAAGGAAAUUCGUCCAAGUUGUGACUUUGAUUUUAGAGGAAAUCAAGAUGCAAUAUAUGAAGACAAGGAUGUUUCUGACAUGACAACAUGGACGCUGCAGGCUAUCAUGCAAUUUGUGAAUAAUUAUGGAUCUUCUGUGCCUACAGAAUAGUGCGUUGUAUAUCUGAAAUAGUAUCUGCAAUAACACACUGCAAUCAAAGUGGUGAAUCUGGACACAACGACCCAUUCCUCAGUGUACAGACCAGUUUUGCUCUUCUUUGCUUUCCUUAUGUUGUGGCAAAACACUUUUGUAUUUUGGUACAUCUUCAGCUUCCAUUAAUGGGGUCCAACAGUCUGGGAAAAUUUCCAGAAUCCAUUGACAAAAUGAAUAAGGAUAGAGAGUAUUAAAAUCGGUUGGCCGUAGAGGUCAACUUUUUGUAUAAAUGUGUAUAAAUAUGUGAAUAAUCGAAUAUUAUUUUGGUUUCUUUUGUUCCCCAGUUUAUCCAAGGGGUCUGAUAUCUGUAAAUAUGUUUAUUUUUCCAUAUAGCGUUUAGCUCAGACUGAACUUUUUAAGUUUGAAAAAUAUUCUUUAAAUCAUUUGAAAUGAGACCAGCGCAUUCAGGCAACUCCCACAUUUUUCUUCUCUUAACGCUUACUUAAAACAAGUACUGUAAAGACUAGACGUCUAACAUCGCGUCUAGAACCUAGUGUUGGAAUAUAGGCAAAGCACUUUCAGUGAAAAGUCCACAUUGUAAACUGACCUAGAGCCUGAGAAUGUAUCCCGUCUGAGGCAAGAUGCUUUUAAAUCUGUUUUUCCAUCAUGAAACCCUAAACGAGACCCUUUAGUUGUGAAUUGUGUACACAAAAUUAGGGUUUGAGUGUAUUACUAAACACAUAAAGCUUCAUUGAUACAAUCACAGUUUCAGCGGAUAUCAUACUCUUCCUCUUGUACUAUUUGCACAGUGUUAGAUAUCAAAGUUGCUGUUACAUGAGUGGGAUCAUUUUUACUUUUAUUGUAAAGCAUCGGGUUUAUUUGUUUGAAUCAUUUCACUUGGGAAACAUUCAGUUCUUUGAGUCGAGAACAGUCUGUCCUGAGUGUUUAGUCGUAGUGUGCUCUUCACAAGAUGGAUUUAACUCGUUUUUUUACUCUCCUCUAGCUUUUAAGUUGAUCUACUUUUUGUGUAUCUGCAAGUAUCAGGUGCAGUAGCUCUGGAUCGUGUCUUUAGUUCUGGUGUUUGAGCUGGAUAUUUUAUAAGGCUUGUUGAAAAUGAUUAUAUUAUCCAAAAAAAGUCACAUGCUGCAGUUAAUUGAACUGGAAGCCCUCCUAAAACAAGUGUCCUAUGAUACUUCACAACGUUAUGCAAAUUAUGUUGCUUGUGGCGUCUGUUGUAUUGUUAUUUAUGGAUGUGUAAAGGCCCUGGUUGCAGUACAAAUAAUAACAAUGUAAAGAUAUAUGUUACAUUCUUGAUUCCCAAAGUCUUUAUUUUAUUGUCACCGGCAGCUUGUUGGUCUGUAAAGCUGCACGUCAGACAUUCUAAGCUGUUCCUCUGUUUCCAUAUUCACAUAUCAGGAGGAAUAUGGCUCAUUCUUCGCUAUAAAAUCAUUGCCUUGUAUUUUUACUCAUUUAGUUUUUAAUUCGCAGUAAUGACAAUGCCUUACAGGUUUUGAGUCUUGAAGUUUUAAUUCCAAAGUUACUUGCACUGUUUGUAAUUUUGCAAUUUCCAGUCGAGGUCGUUGACAUUUCAAAGAUUGAUGCCAAUGUAUAUGGGUCUUUUAAAAGUGAUUACAAAUGUGCAAUAUGCAUUACUAUUGCUGGAAUUAGUAUUUGUCACAUUCACCGGGAUAAUCAGUUUCAUGUAUUUAUCAAGAAACUGAAGGGAAGACUUGAGAUAUGUUUGUUCUGAAUCCGUUUUUUAUUAAUUUCCCUCUAUUACCUAAAAUAUGUACAAUGUCUAUUAUUUUAUUUUUUCGGAUUUGCCAUAAGAUCUGUUGUGUCUGUGUCAGAGAUGGUCAUGAUUUGUCUUUUUUUUUUUUUCCUCAAAUGAUUGAGUGCUGUUACUAAAUGGAUUGUGAGCACACGAAAAACUAUGUAAAGGAAUGCCAAAGCCGAUAGAUUUUGAUGAUCAGUUGUUCAAGUUGUAAAUAUAUUCUAAAAGGCAGAAAAAAAAAUUAAGAGAAAGAUGGAUAUUUUUGACGUAUAAGUAGCAAAAGUACAUUUAUUCCCUAUCACCCAAGAUGAAUGUCCAAUUAUCAGAGAAGAAAUAUCAUUUAUCAUUAAAUGAAAUGUAUAUGAUACUAUAUAUUCUAAAUAUGAAGAAGAUCCUAAUAAAAACUCAUUUUAUUGAUUUGCAUGUUGUCUUAGAUGCUGAGCUAAGACGUUGUACGUCAAGCUGAUUAGUUCAUAUAAUAUUUAAACAGGUAUGUCUUGUGUGUUCUGUUGAAAUGACCCAUUUAAUAAUGUUAAAAUAAUAUAUACAUACAAUAGAAGCUGCACCUAGCAUACA